AUGGCAAUACUCUUCGUCUUUAGCAGACGUGUAGUCGACGAGUCCAAUUCCGAUAGCGAGACAGAGUCUCUGCUCAGUCCAGAACAAAGCGUUCACUAUGGUUCGACACCAGCGGCCGCUCCACAAGGGUCCAAGGAUGCGCAAACCGUAUCCGCUUUUGACUACCUGGCCGGAUUCCGUGAUCUCAUUCCAUAUCUCUGGCCUUCUGACGACCAUAUCCUACAAGCAUGGGCCGUGUUCUGUUUUGGACUGCUGAUCGCUCAGCGAGCCAUCAACAUCAUGGUGCCGCAUCAGCUUGGUAUCUUAGUAGAGCAUCUGGGCAAAGGCCAACUGCCACUCAAGGAUAUCAUGUUGUACGUCGUGUACCGCAGUUUGCAAGGCCAGCAAGGUGUCCUCGGUUCGCUUCGAGCCAUACUCUGGAUUCCCAUCAGCCAAUCGGCCUAUCGCCGGCUUACCGUAGCCGCAUUCGAGCACGUCAUGAAACUCUCGCUAGACUUUCAUUUGAGCAAGCGCGUUGGUGAAGUCAUCAGCGCACUGAGCAAAGGCAGCGCAAUCAACACUUUCUUGGACGGCCUUGUGUUUCAGCUGUUUCCUAUGGUGUUCGAUCUCGCUAUUGCGGCUGUGUACUUCUUCGUGUUCUUGGACGCUUUCUACGCAAUCAUCGUUGUUGCUGUCAUGUGGUUCUACCUCUUCAUCACCAUCUACAUGGCCAAGUACCGUGGCCGAGCAAGACGCGAAGCUGCGACACGGGAUCGUGAGAUGGAUGCCGCCAAAACCGAUGCUAUCAUGUCGUACGAGACCGUGCACCACAACAGUGCCUUGCCGCUCGAGCUUUCCAAAUUCCAACGCCUAGUGAAAUACUUCCAGGAAGCAGAGUACUCUGUGUUUUUCUCCUUGAAUGCACUAAACGCCGUACAAAAUUUCAUUUUCGUCGUCGGCGUUCUCCUCACAUGUCUUCUCGCAGCGUUUCAGAUCUCCGAGGGCAUAUACAAGGUCGCCAUGUUUGUUACGAUCUUAACGUACUUGGCUCAACUACAGGCACCGUUGAACUUCUUCGGAAGCUUCUAUACUCAAGUGCAAAACAACAUGGUAGAUGCCGAGCGCAUGCUUGCUCUGUACAAGAUCACACCUCAGGUCCAGAACAGCCCGCACGCAAAGCCCAUGAACACAUGCUCGGGCAGAAUAACCUUGAACGACGUCGAAUUCGCCUACGAUAAGCGGAAACCCACAUUAUCAAAUGUCAGCUUCGAAGUCCAGCCCGGCACCACAACAGCCAUCGUCGGCGAAAGCGGGAGUGGAAAAUCGACUAUCCUCAAGCUCCUCUUCCGCUUCUACGAGGUCGAUGGAGGAAGCGUCCAGAUCGAUGGCAUCGACGUGCGCGACAUCACCAUGGCAACACUGCGUACACACUUCAGCGUCGUGCCGCAAGACACAAUUCUCUUCAACGAGACCAUCCUCUACAACGUCAAGUAUUCGAACCCCAGCGCAUCUUUCGAAGACGUCCAGGCCGCCUGCAAAGUCGCCAGUAUCCACGAGAAGAUUAUCAGUUUCCCCGAUGGUUACAACAGCAAUGUUGGCGAAAGGGGUCUCCGACUCUCUGGCGGCGAAAAGCAGCGUAUUGCUAUCGCGCGUGCGGUUCUCAAGCAUCCGCAGAUUAUGCUGCUGGAUGAGGCGACGGCUUCGCUGGACUCGCAGACUGAGCGUUUGAUCCAGGAUUCGUUGAAAACUGCUUGUAAAGGGAGGACUACUAUUGCUAUCGCACAUCGCUUGUCGACUAUUACCGAUGCGGACCAGAUCAUCGUUAUGCACCAGGGCCAUAUUGUUGAGAGAGGGACGCAUGAGCAGUUGUUGGCGGUUGGUGGGAGGUACAAGUCAAUGUGGGAGAAGCAGACGAAGGCUGUCUCGGCUUGA